AUGGCCUUUGAUGAGCUUUAUUACGAAAACACAGGAAUUACAUGUUUCAAAGAUACUCAGAUCAAGCGAAAAGUUCAAAAGGGUUACCCUGUUGGCACCUCAUAUAUUAGCGAUAAUGUUGAUGUAGAAAAAAUAAAACUGAAAGCUUUAACGACUGACAGAGUAGAAAAAGCAGUGCAAUUACUUCAUCAAAUAGAUUCGGUUUCAUCAAAGAUGUCGAGUAAAAACAUACAAAGAAAAAAUAAAAUAAUAAAGCUUAAAGAGAAAUUUUUCAAUUUAAUUUACAAAGACUUACAUAAAAUCGAUGGAUUCCGUUAUUGCGAUGAUGAGUAUAAUCUGAGGGAAAUAUGGUCUAACAUGGAUGAUGUUAUGGAUAUUGCUGUAUGCUAUGAUUUAAUAGAAAACACUAAAAGAGUUGGCAAAGAUCUUUUGUAUAAAUUAUAUCAAAGCAUGAAGAUAGAACUAGAACCGUUAUUGCGUAGCAGUGAUGAAUUCAAUAUGAUCUUUGAGUAUGGAAGUAAAGUCUGUAAAAAGAAACGCGACCAAUUUUACAAUUUAAGCAUUGAAGAGGUCGUAUAUAAGGUUCAAAAUCACAAAAGUCAUAAAAAAUAUGAAAAAUAUUGUACUAUGGAUAACCGUAUGUUAUUAUGGCUUGGCAAUCGUGUAAUUAAUUACAGUCGAAUACUUACUAAGGGUUUACAACCAAUGGCGAAGAGAGAUUUUCGCGAUGUAGGUUUUCCGCACGGGAAAGGAAUUUAUUUUUCAGGUAAAUAUAUUCAUGUAUCACAAGCUGCUUUAGACUGUGGUUUAAGUAUUACAAAUUCGACAGGACUAUUAAUGCUAUGUGAAGUAGCACUUGGGAGGAUCACCAAUGAACAAUCAGAUCUAUCGAAAGCGCGUCGUACGGCUGAUAGUUUUAAAUUCAAAGGAAAAGUCGGACCCGAUCCUGAUGGAGAUGUUACAAUAGAGAAUGGUGUUGUCGUACCGUUAGGAGAUAUUGUUGGAGACUUCGACUGGCCAGAUGGGAAUAAGUAUCUUGCAUAUCUCUUUAUGAUUUCUAUAUGUCGUGAAUUGAUUAUUACAUAG